UCAAAUCCAUUGCCAUUUACUCGAAGGUAAUUCGCUAAGUUGUUCGCUUUUGAAUGGCAAAUUACCUUACCGAAGCGUUGUAAAGUGGGUGUGUUCUCGUGUCGCUUGAGCGAAGCGAAGGUCCAUAGCGAUAACUGCCAACCUCAAUGGCAAGAUAUGAAUAUGGAGCGAUCACAGCUUCAUGAAUGCUUGUGUAAACAAGACAUGGAUUGUACUUUGGUGCUGUAACUUGCUAUAUAACGAAUCUACAAGAACUAAUUGUUGAGAGCCACGGAUAUAUUGGGGCCUGUGUAGGUAUCACGGAUACAUACAAAGCGUCACAAUGUGGAUAUACGACAGUCGCCACCAACACAUUAUAAAUAGCGAUGGUUUCUUUUGAAGAUACGAAGUUUCAAGAGUUUGAUUGACUAACCUUUAAAUGGGAAUUACCAUCUAUCAUUCUGGUGGCUUUUGAGUGUAUAAAGCCAUGGACAUAUAGAAAGUACACCUAUGUAUGAAAGGGCACAGUCUGGAACGCUUGACAUCACUCGAUUGAGCAUCUGCAGGGGCACAUAGGGAAUAUGGCGGCAUGCACGUUCCAUAUGUAGGAGCUUGUGUCUGCAAUCUACCUCCUGGAGCUGGAUGUUGAAACAGCAUUACGUGGAGCGGUGACAUAUACCUUCUUACUUUACUGGUCAGUCAGCAACACAGUGAAGAUGACGUCACAAUGUAUCGCCUUCUUCAACGCUGUCCUUCUCACGGCAAUCCUGUACUUCUCUAACGCCGAGGCUACAAGUCGAGCCGACCUAUCGGACGAGAAACUGUUGAUACGGACGCUACUGGAGGACUAUGCUAAGCUUGGUAAGAUGGGGCGACCGGUGAAGCAGCAAAACGACACUUUGCCCAUCUACUACGGUCUCAGCCUCAUACAGAUCCUCGAUCUGGAUGAACGCAACCAGAUCCUCAGCACGAACGUGUGGGCGUCGUAUCAAUGGACGGAUAUAUACCUGAAAUGGAACGUCAGCGACUAUAACAUCACCAAUGUGCGUGUACCUACCGAUUCAAUAUGGAUGCCAGAUAUCAAAUUGUAUAACUACGCCGACACUCGACUGGAAGAAAAGAGGGAUGCUUUGGCUGUCAUCUCUCAUGAUGGAGGCGUUGUAUGGAUCCCACAAGCUGUUUUUAAGAGUUCUUGCUCUAUUGAUAUUCGGCAUUUCCCCUUCGAUGUUCAGACAUGCGUUCUGAAGUUUGGUUCUUGGACAUAUGAUGGAUCUAAGUUGGACCUGGAAUUCUUAUACACAGUGAAAGGUUUUGAAAUGACUGACUAUAUUCCUAGCAACGAAUGGGAUAUUCUAGAUUCUUCAGCUAAGAAGAAUGUGAAAUAUUACCCGUGUUGUCCAGAACCGUAUGUUGACCUGACUUUCACGCUGAAGAUCAGCAGGAAGGUGGCGUUCUACAACUACAUCCUCAUCCUGCCCUGUGUCCUCCUCUCUUCACUCACCCUCGUUCUCUUCUGGCUCCCCCCAGAGUCCCCAGCCAAAAUGCAGCUAGGAAUGAAUAUAUUCGUUGCUUUCUUUGUGUUGCUUCUUCUGCUUGCUGAAUCAACCCCGCCAGCAGCAUCCUCCAUCCCCCUGAUCGGUGCAUACUACUGUCUUAACAUGAUAUUAAUCACGCUGUCAACACUACUGUCAGUCAUUGUGGUCAACCUGUAUUUCCGGGGAUCAAGAACAACUGUUCCACGUCUGUUGAAGAAGAUUAUGUUGGACGGGUUUGCGCGUAUCUUCUGUAUGCGGAACCAACUGGUAGACAAAGGCGAAGAGGACCAGAUCGCGGCGGCCACCGCAGCCAACUACGUCAAGAACAACCGAGAGAAGAAACACAGUGACUUCAAGUAUGACCGAGUGGGUUGUUACGAGCUUCAGACAGAAGAGAGCUGGCGUGGUAUUUCUAACGGCAACAGCAUGCAUACUCCAUCAGGGGAGGCGGAUGCAUCUUUUGGACAUCAGUUUUCUGCUCUUGAAGCGGAGGUGCGAGAAAUACGGCGACAUAUGAAACUGAUGUGGGAUAAAUCCUCACACAGAGAAGAAAAGGAGAGACUUGCUCGGGAGUGGAAGGUCAUGGCGCUUGUGCUCGAUCGUCUCUUUUUCUUUCUGUAUCUGGUAGCCAUAUUUGCUUCAGCGUUCACAAUAUUUGAAACGACGAUGGACAAGCCAACGAAAUAAAAAGAUCUGAGACAUCAAUUAUCUGUUAGAACGAGUGACAUGACCUAAACGUUGAGUUCUUGGAACGACAUAUUGAAUUGUUGUUUCAUGUUCGCCUUGGAACUGGGACAGCAACUUACCUGUAAUGUGAAGCAGUUACUUGCAUAGUAAUGACAAGAUGUUUUUCAUGUGGUCUUUUGCACUACACACAUAAAGGUCUUGCAUAACUACCACUUUGUUUCAGACCUUUGCCUCACCUUCAGUGUGGCGUACGUGUAGUAUGUGAAUGUUGACUGCUGGGCGUUCUCUAACACUAUAGUUGCAUCAUCCCAGCCAACAGAAUUACAUGAUCGCAACGUUGCGGGGACCUUCAGCCUUCCUUUAACUUUUAAUGCAACGUUGAAUCUACCUUCACGUGGACAUGAUACACUUUAAUAUACAUUUUAGUAUACGUGGACAUUCAAAUGUGCAAAUGGACAUUUACAAUAGCCAGUGACUUGAUCUUAAUGUUUAGCAAGCAUGCAUUCUUUAUAAAUGUGUUGACGAGACUUUGUACGCGUGGAAAAUAGUACAUGCGACCAGUGUACAGUCGUGAUGCUAUGACAAUAAGUUGAGUACACUUCAAAUCAGGAUUUGCGCGAAUCUCCGAUUCACCCUGAUUAGGAUCCUUGGUCCUCAGUGCUCGCAUUUUUCACCAAAGUUGCAAAAGUCUACACCAUCUGCAUUACCGCAGUGUACCUGUCGCAUUACACCGACACUCCGCCAUAUAACCCAACUCAAUCACUACAUCAGUUUUGCUUACAUUGUAUGUAUACAUUGUAUUUCAUGCAUGUACAUUGCAAGCGUGGGGAUACUGUAUGGACGAAAAAGGUUAUCAUUUAAUUCAUGUUAGACCUAAGAAUGUAAUGUACAUGUAUACACGUGUGAUAUUUUUCGUAGAAGUGGUUGGCACUAGACGUGUAUUUAUCAGUGUUACAAGUCGUCAACAUUACUGCGUGUGCCUACAUAGUGGUUAGGAACAUAGGCCACGUGGGUUCAAGCCUUGUGAUGGCAGAACCUUUUCUGAACCAGCAUUAUUAUACGUCCGUUCAUCAGCACUAUAGGUAUGAUCUCUGAACAAAUACGCAUAUACCAAGGCAAGUAUUGCGAUAUCGGAACAGCUACACGCAUUACAUGGUAUGCGAUUUCGGAAGAGCUACAUGCAUUACAUGGUAUGCGAUUUCGGAACAGCUACACGCAUUACAUUGUAUGCGAUUUCGGAAGAGCUACAUGCAUUUCAUGGUAUGCAAUUUCGGUAACGUAUAAGGAAAUGAAAUUAGAAUAACAAGUAAAGUGGUUAUGGAACGGUGAGAUGUCAGUUACCAACAAACAACUGUGUGUAUUACAGAUACAGUGAUUGAGGAACGGCGCGAUGCAACUCAAGAGAUGAAGGAAAGAAGUCAGCUGGUUAAGCAAUUGUAAUCAUUAGGCUCUGUGAUUGCUUGCUGGUACUGUGUUCGCCGCCAACGGCAUCAUUCUUUAUGACGCUAAGUCUUGUGCUAAGAUAAUCAUUUUAGAAAAGACAAUAAGAAAAUUCAAAACGUCCACUCCAGAGAAUAAUCAGUAUCGAUUAUCUGCCGAACAGCUUCAGUAAGCCGUAAAAAGGAUUUAACGUGAUGACACCGGGUGUUCGCGAAAUGGGGAAGCAUUACCUGCUCUUCCGGAGGCAACAGCAGAUAUCAUCUGAGUGUAGUCCAGAGAAGGAAUUACAUGCAUGGAACAAUCCAGACCAGGAGAGUACAUUACUUUGCUGUGGCACAGUCGUGAUGUUUAUAUUGUUUCAUGUCGAUGAUACUAUAUGGGAUUGCUACUGCUGCUAUUUAUCAACUUUCGAUGUGAACAACUACCUAUGCCAUACUAUGGCGCCCUAUGUAUCAGAUCGGCAACAGAUUGAAUUGGUGUCAUCAUCAGGAACAGAGUGAAGCUGCUACCGACAGAGAACUGAUUCCAUAUACCAGAUUCAUUCACUCACUUCAUCAUUCAAUUUGACAUCAUCUAAUCCUAUGUCACGGACGUAACUCCUCACCUAUCGCUGAGACUUGAAGAAUGCCUUAUCUCUGCACUACAAACGGAUGCUACAUGGAUGCACUGACUUACUCCUAUAAUUAUGGAACCGUGAUUUCAUUUCACCCUGUUGGUUGCACAUCACAUCACUGAAGAUGGGUGCGCAUCACUGUAUAUCACCAAAGGUGGUUGCACAUUAUCAAGAUGUUGCACAUGACACAAACGUAUUGUACAUCUUUCUGAUCGUUGCAGCUCACAAAUACCACUCCAAUGGCAUGGCGUAAACCUAACUUGCAACCAGUCUCUUUUUAGCAGAUGUUUUGAUGUGAAUGUCUGAAACACCUAGUCAUAAACAAGUUACGUUUUAUGAUAUUUGGACUUGAAUUACGUCGUGCUUCAGAGUUCUUUCUUUUUAAAUCAAAUCAAUACAUUCAUUUCCUACCAUGUGGACUGGCAUGUUUGGUAAAAGUGUGUUCAAGUCCAGCCUGGUAUUCCUGGUCAUGAAGCAUAAGCCAUUUUUGACAAAAUAUGUUUGGAUGAUACAAUUAAGUUUCCGAAGAUGUGUCUUACGGUUUGGUAUGCCAUCAUAAAUACACUUGAUGUGUCUUUUGACAUUUCAUACAUAUUCUAAGAAUGUCUAGGAACACAAAAUCUGUGUAAUAUAAAAUACCCCAAGUGGAAUUACAUAGUGUAUGAAGUAAAAUGAAAUAUUGUACUUCUUGACAUUCAACAACAUAAUGGAACACAUUGAAAAUAAGUCUCAAUAAAUUCGAGAAAGGAAUACAUGAACUUCUUAAUGAAAUAUUUUCCUAAAUAUAUUUAUAAAUAUACUAAUUUUGAAUGUUCGUCUUCAUUGCAUUUUAUGAUUCGUAAAGUGUAUUAGUGAUUUGUUUUUAUGUAUAUAGACAUAUCUUUCAAUAAAAGUGUUGAUCACGUUGAACUUGCAUGUUCAGUAUUAGUUUGACAAAGCAGUAUAUUAGGGUGUUUGCCUGGUCAGUCUUUGCUUUUUACGUUUUACAAAUGUUGUCAAAACCUGAACUCAUGAGCGCAUAUGCAAAUAAACCCACAAAACCCUUUCAAUAUUCAUUGCACGAUCCCAACUAUGUCAUGAGCAAAACGACUGACUGUUCAGAUAUUCAGUCUGCAAUAGUUCCAAUAUUUAUUUGGUACAUACAUUCAGCCUAAACAUAUGUACCUCAAUGAUUCAACUAUCACUUCAUUAAAAAAUAAAGGUUAAAAAACCCAA